AUGGACGGAGACUCAGAAGAGAGUGUAUAUAAUCAUGAUGAAUUAACACGAAUAAUUUAUAGCAAUCAUCAAAUACGUCAUAUGGUGCAACAAAAAACAAAUGAAUUUUCAUCAUUACAAAGAGACUUUUUUAAAGCUUUGGGGAAUGAACGGUUCGAUUCUACGUUAGAGCAAAAGUCAAAGCUCUUAACUGAUUCGUUGAAACUUGACUCAUUAAAUGAACAAGUUACAGCCGAUAAGGUACAAUUAGCGUUAGUCGGAGAAAACUCAUGUGGUAAAACAGCGCUAGUACAUUUUCUUUUGGAUUCUGGCCAAUUUCUUCCGUCAGAUGUUGGAUCAGUUAGUGCACGUGUUAUUCGUUUAACUUAUUCAAGUGAUACAGAAUCAUGUUUACGUGUUUAUGAAUCAUUAGAGAAACGAAAUGAAGAACCGACUGAUCAAAUUAGUUUAAGAGAUUGUUUUCUCGAUUCGGAACCCGACUGGAACGCCUUAAAAAAUGUGAUUGAAUCCUAUGUUAAACGACCAGAUGCAGAAAAAGUUGAAAAGGAUUCCUAUCAGUUUGCAGAAUGGGCUAAAAGGUUUGUUGAAAUACGAAUACCAUCAAAAUUUCUCAAACUGGGCAUAGAUUUAUAUGACACACCUGGUUUAUUAUAUUCUGAUCCACCAAUUUUAAAAAAAAAUCUACAUGAUCUCGUUAAACUAAUUCGACCAACAGUAGUUUUUAUGUAUGAGAAUCCAUCCGUGCCGACUGUUACAAAAGACUGCUUUUUAGCACUAAAAGAAGCACUUGGUAAACAACUCGAGGAUACGAAUAUAUUUUUCUUAAAUACAAAAGUUGAUAUUGGCUCGUUAAUUACUAACGGUACAAACAUAAGCAAAGCAGAAUUCGAAAUAAUAAUAUUGAAUAAAGCACGACAAAGUCGCAAAGAUCUUCUUUUGAAAGCACCUGGAAUGGCUCAAGAAAUAGAUGAUAAUAACGGAUUUAAUAUUAUUUCUGUCGAUUCCGGAUGGAGUCCAUUAGGAGAAAUAAUGAAUAAAAUAACCAUUAAUCAUAUAAUCCAAUUUGUUGCGAAUGCCGAUUUGAAAUGUAAAAUUCGAGAGAAAUCAAUUAAAAUUAGUACUCCUUUAAAAAAUGCCACUCCGUCUGAUAUUGCUCAACAGUAUCUUAGUGAUAUACGAUCAGGAUUCAUCAAUCAGAAAAAUUAUCUCAAUGAAAUAUUUCAAGUUUGGUCUGACCAAAAAGCUAGUCAGUUACAUGAAAAAAUAGAUCAGCAAUAUGAGUUAGCGGAAAAUUUUUUACCUCAAAGAGAAAAAGUAUUCAAUACAGUGAACAAAUAUGCUGAAAACUAUGCUUAUAUCGAAUGUAAAAUGGUUAUGGCACGCGACCUAAUGACCUUCAAUGGACGUUCUCCAACUGUGAAUAGUGUACAACAAAUAUUUGCUAAUGAAAAUAGAUUCUGUGAGUUCUAUCCAGCUGAAUGGUUUGAAAAAAAGAAUUUAAUUGUUAAGAAAAUCAAAGCUCAUGGCAAUAACUUAAAAUAUUUAGACGCACAUUAUCAUCGAAAAGUAACUCAAUUAGACCAUUUACGUUUUCUUCAAUUACUACAUCUUUAUGAAAAUGAAAACAGCGAAUUGUGGAUGUUCUUUCCAAAAUAUGAAUCUGUAGAAAAUAAUAUUGAAACAUUGACAGUUAAUAGUAUGUUCAAAAUUAUAUUAACAGUUGCACAAUGUAUUGAAAAAAUGCAUGCAAGUGAACUAGUUCAUGGAAAUAUCAACUUUCAAACAAAUUUACCUAAAUUGCCGCGAAAUGACGUCUUAGAAGAACUAUACAAUGAAUCAUUGAAAUCACCUGAUUCGAACAUUUUAGAUAAAAAUCCGUUUCAUGAACGAGUUCAAUUGGUCAUUUGUGGACCUAAUUCAAGUGGUAAAACAACAUUUUUGCAUUCAUUUCUUGAGAUAAACAAUAUCUUACCAAUUGAUGCCGGUCCAGUCACUGCUCGAAUAGUAAAAUUUACUUAUGCUUCUCCCUCAGACGCAUGUUUGUUUGUCUAUCCAUCAAUUCAGCAAACAUAUUCGGAACGCUACCAACCAGAAGAAAGGGUAUCUUUAGCCGAAUACUUCACAACUCCAACCAUAGAUUGGAAAGGAAUCGGAGAAGCUAUAUAUUUACAUGUUGCCCGACCUAAAGUUAGUGAAAAUGAAUUUACUAAUUGGGCAAGAAAAUAUGUCGAAAUACGAAUCCCUUCACCAACGCUUGAAUUGGGCAUUGAUGUCUAUGACACACCGGGUUUAUUGUUUCAUGAUUAUGAAAUACUCAAAAACAAUCUACGGGAAUUAGUUAAAUAUAUUCGGCCUACACUUGUCUUCUUGUAUCCAAAUUCAACAUUUGAUAAGGAUGCGAAUGAAAGUUAUUUGACAAUUCGAGCAGCACUGCAGGACCUUGAACAACUUCCUAUAUUUUAUUUGAAUACGAAACAAGAUAUAACAACUUUAUUUAAUGGAGCAGGUAUCAUUUCGAAUCGAAAAAGUGCUUUUACAGUGCGUAAAUAUCAAGAAAUUUUUCCGAAAGAAAGGUUGAAACGUUAUCAUACGCUUUAUGAAGCGAUUGGAAUGGCGAAUAAUUUACCAAAAAUAGAAAAUGAUGCAGGCUCAUUAUCAAAGAAAGAUUACUCAACUUCGACUAAUUAA